GCCGGUAGCAGUGCAAUGGGCAGAGCCAUGGGAGUAGCCGGGCUGCUCGCGGGGUUGCUCCUCGUGCCCGCCGUGCUGCUAGGCGCCAGCUUCGGCCGCGGAGAGCCGCCUCCCGAUGUGCAGCCGGCGCCGUCCGAACGGGGGACGGAAUCGGAUGCCGUCCCCGAGGACUCGCUGUGGCCGCUGCCGCAGUCGCUCCGUACGUCCCGUCUCCGGCUGCAGCUGGCCCCCGAGCGCUUCCAGGUAGUACACGGCGCCGGCUCCUCGGCGGGGCCGGCAUGCGGCCUCCUGCAGGAUGCCUUCCGCAGGUAUUACGAAUACAUGUUCGGGCGCUCCAGCUGGAGGAAGCCGCACCGAGCGUCGCCGUCUGCGCAAGGGGAGCUGUCGCAGCUGCAGGUGGUGAUCGCUUCCCCGGAGUCCGGCUGUGACAGCUUCCCACACCUCGCGUCCAACGAGGCCUAUCAUUUAACUGUAAGUGAGCCUGUAGCUAUACUGAAAGCAGACGAGGUAUGGGGAGCUUUAAGAGGUUUGGAAACCUUCAGUCAGUUGGUUCACGAGGAUGAGUAUGGAAGUUUUCUUAUCAAUGAAUCUGAAAUCUAUGACUUCCCAAGGUUUGCGCACAGAGGAAUCUUACUUGACACUUCAAGGCACUAUUUGCCAUUGAAAUCUAUUCUCACAAACCUGGAUGCUAUGGCUUUUAACAAGUUCAAUGUUCUCCACUGGCAUAUAGUAGAUGAUCAGUCAUUUCCUUACCAGAGUAUUUCUUUUCCUGAGCUUAGUAACAAGGUGAGUAGACAUCUUUGGAAUACAGUGGGAGGGCAGAAAUCUGGCAUAUUUCAUGGAAACUAAAUGCAGACUCAAGAACCUAUAAAUGGUUAAUUAC